CCGUUGCAGAGAACCAGUGGCGGCUGAGCGGUCAACUUCCAGUCAAACCAAAUACCCCAAUUCCAAUUCCCAAAUUUUUAAUUUCGUAGAAACUUUGGGGAUUUUCAGUCCAAUUCCAACAAUCUCCUUCUUCUCCAAAAUCAAACCCAAAUCCCAUUCUUAAUCCCACUCUUUAAUCUGUACCCAAAUCCCCCUUUGUCGCCUUUCGUCUUUCCCCUCAUGAUUUUCACCUCGAUUUCCUCUUCCAGAUAAGGAUCUCCACGCACACCCACUUCUUCUUCUUCUUGUUCUUCCUGUUCUUCAUUCCAGAUCUCUAAGAACCCCAGAUUUCUUACCCCAUCAUGUUUUUUCGCUAACAAAACCACGAUAUCCCAUUUGGGGUUGUGGAAUUUUCUGUGUUUCUCUCGCUGUUUGUGUUUUCGAGCGUUUUUCUUUGAUGGGUUGCGCCACUUCGAAGCUCGACGAUCUCCUUGUCGUGUCGCUCUGUCGCGAACGUUGCAAUUUUCUCGACGAAGCGAUUCGGUUUCGCCAAGCGUUCGCUGAGGCUCACGCCGCGUAUAUUCUCUCUCUUCAAGGGGUUGGGAAAUCGUUACACAGUUUUAUUGAACCGGGUUUUGUUUAUUCUGAGCCCUUUUCUUCGCCUAAGCUAAAGCUUCCUCCUCAGAGGAAGGGCGACCCUGAUCUUGAGGGUUCUAAUUCGCCUCUUCAUCGUUUAUCUCAUUCUAAUUCGGAUUCUCACCUCCAUUUGCCCUCUGAUUCUGACGAUGAUUCCAGUUCGCUUCACUCUUCCGAUCACUCUUCGCCUUUGCAUCAGACCCAUGACGAUCGUUUUGAUUUUCGUGAUGGGAAUCGUGGUGGGUUUGUUUCCGGCGGUGGCGGUGGCGGUGGUGGUGGUGGUUAUGUGCAGAUGAAUUAUAUGCAGAACAAAGCGAUGCCGUCGGUGGUGCAUCAGCAGGCUGUUAGUUCGGAGAGGGUUUAUCAUAUGGGUGAAUCUUCUUCUUCCUCUGGCUAUUAUCCUUAUUCUUAUUCGAACCCUUAUCCGAAUAAUGGGUAUCCCAAUAAUGGCGGUGGGUACGGCGGUGGUUAUGGCGGUGGGUAUGGUGGGUAUGGCGGGUAUGGCGGUUCGCCGCCUACUGCUUAUGGGGGUAUGUCGAAUAUGCUACCUCCGGCUUCAUCAUCGAAGCCGCCUCCGCCGCCGCCUUCUCCUCCUAGAACCUCCGCUUGGGAUAUUUUUAACUUCUUUGAGACUCCAGCGGUGGCGAACUAUUACGGCUCCUACACGCCGGGAAGGGAUCCGAGGGAAGUGAGGGCGGAGGAGGGAAUUCCCGAAUUGGAAGAUGUACGGUAUUACCAACCGGAGGUUGUGAAGAAGGUCCACGGUGGCCAGAAUUCGGCCGUGGACGGCGGUGGAAAGCAAACGAAUGGGACGGUGAAUGUCCAAAUGAAGGAAGUGGACAAGAACUUAGCCGCCUUGGCUUAUCAGACAAAGCCAAGCGCUGCAGUUGGUGAUGCCGUGAGGCUUGUUGAUAAGAAUGUUAUGGACGACGGGAAUGGAGCUCCGGCGGCUGUUGCUGCAGCAUUCAACGGCGGAGCUGGUUCAAGGGAUGUUUAUGAGGCUGUGAGAGAAAUUGAAGCUUUGUUCAAGAAAGCCUCGGAGUUUGGAGAUGAAAUUGCCAAAAUGUUGGAGAUGGGAGAGCUUCCUCAUCAGCGUAAGCAUGCGUUCUCGGCUCGACUGCCUGCGUCACGGAGGAGAGCCAAGUCCUCUGCUAAGCCCGGCGUUGCUGAAAUCGUUUUUGUAGAAGAUAUGGGAAUGAGAUCUGGAAAUCUGUCUUCUACCUUGAAGAAGUUGUAUAUGUGGGAGAAGAAGCUUUAUCAUGAAGUGAAGAGGGAGGAAAAGAUGCGUUUGACCCACGAGCAGAAGCGUCGUCAGCUCAAACGUUUACACGAGAGAGGUGCCGAAGCCACGAAAGUGGAGGCCACUCAAACAUCCAUAAAGACCUUGUCGACGAGCUUAAACGUUGCAAUUCAGGUCGUUGACAAGAUUUCUGAGACGAUAAGUAAGAUCAGAGAUGAAGAACUCUGGCCUCAAGUGAAUGAACUGAUUCAAGGGUUAACAAGGAUGUGGAAAGGUAUGCUGGAAUGCCAUCACGCUCAGUUUCAAGCGGUUAAAGAAUCCCGUGGUUUAGGCCAUAUUCGGUCUGGUGGGAAGCCUAGCGAUCUCGAUCUUCGAGUGACAUUGCAGCUCGAUCACGAGCUUAUUAGCUGGACGGCAAGAUUCUCGGGUUGGAUAAGCGCCCAGAAAAAUUUCGUGAGAUCGUUGAAUAAUUGGCUUCUUAAAUGUCUCCUGUAUGAGCCUGAAGAAACAGCUGAUGGGAUUGUUCCUUUCUCACCUAGCCGGAUUGGUGCACCACCCAUCUUUGUUAUCUGCAACCAGUGGUCACAAGGUCUUGACCGAUUCUCCGAGAAAGAGGUCGUUGAUUCGAUGCACGUGUUCGCUAAGAGCGUGCUUCAAAUAUGGGAUCAUGAUAAGCAAGAACUGCGUCAAACGAUGAUAACGAACAAGGAUCUCGAAAAGAAAGUGAAGAAGAUCGACCGGGACGAUCAAAAGUUGCAGAAAGAGAUACAGGCUUUAGACAAGAAACUGGUUCGGGUAACUGGGAACGUGCAAGGCGAUGGCACUGGCAAUGGCAACCUGCAGGCAGGUCUGCAAUCCAUUUUCGAGGCCCUUGAGAGGUUUGCAUCCGACUCGAUGAGAGCGUAUGAGGAGCUUUUGAUACGAAGCGCCGAAGAAAGUGCCAAGACAAGAUCAUGAAGGAGGUUGAUCCGUUCUUGCAAUUCAAAUCGACACGGUUGAAGAGUUGGUCGAUAAUCCCUUCCCCUAGUUCAUACCGACUCGAACCUGACCAUAUUACUCGGGACCAAUAUAAUGGCAGUUGCGGUUACAUUCUGAAGCGAACUCUCCCUCUUCAACUCAUAACGCAUAGAAGCUCAACUCGAGACGUCUGCUGAUCAAACUUUACCAAACAUAAACAUUCAGUUUCUCGGUAUGGGGAUUAAGAAAGCCACGGCUACCGGUCGAGACCGGGCUGAUCUGCUGUGCUGCAAUUUGUGGAUCGAACAAGUUCUUGCGGACGAUAAACAAUGAAGGAUAUGAGCGAAAUCCGAGCUCAUUACAGAGCCAGGAUUGAAUUAUUACACCUUGUUCAUAUUGUUUAUGGAUUACUUGUUCUUGUA